AUGCCCAGCACACGCGAACUGGUCGGUAUGAAUGUCCUCACCCUUGCCUUCCUGACGAGCAACACCUCCUCAUUCAGGGCGCAAAAGUUCUUCAACUACUCAGUACCGGAGCGUCGCCGGAUCGUGAACCUUUAUCACUCCAAGGGCAUCUCGCUAUUCCUGUCCACCUUCGGCGGAGACCCGAACGAGCAACCCGUGACGCAGAACUUCAAUCCGACGAUGCUUGGCGACCUGCACGGCGAGAUAGCCUACAAAUCCGGCUUUGAUGGCCUAGACAACGACAUCGAGGACUUUGAAGCGUUCAGCUGGCACAACAAGUCCCUCGUCACUUGGGUCUCAAUGUACACUGAAGCCGUGCGCCGCUGGUUGCCCGCCUCAGGAGGCUUUGGCAUGAGUGCAGCUCCCGUUGCCCCUUGGUUCACUCCCAAUCGCACCACAUACUGCCAUGGUGCUUACGAUGGCAUCGACAAGCAAGUUGGACACCUCUACGACUUCUAUAACGUCCAAUUCUACAACCAAGGCGUCGGAUCCUACGAUGACUGCAAGAACCUCCUCUUCAAGUCUAACCUUACCGCCUUCCCUCAAACCAGCAUCUUCGAGAUCGCCCGAAACGGCGUUCCGCUGGACAAGCUUCUGAUCGCCAAGCCUGGUUACCCAGUGGACGCCGCCAGUGGGUACGUGCCUCCAGAGAAGCUGAGCUACUGCCUACACCUGGCGAAGAACAAUGGGUGGAAGGCGGGCGCUGCGAGCUGGCAGUUUCCGCAUGCUAGUACGCAGUGGUGGAGGGAGUUGAGGAUGGACAGCUUCUAUGACGAAUCGCUCUUUGCAAAGAGGCCCAUCGAUUGA